GGUUUGCUGAGAACGAAUUAGAGAGGCAGCCCCAGGACAGAAAGAGGAUUCACUGCGGGAGGCUGGUUUGCUAUCGGACUCUCUCUGAGAACUAGGGAGUCAGACUGAGAAAGUCGGUUGUAACGGGCAGUGAGAAAGGGUGGGAACAAAGCCAUGACUCUGAACAAUGUCACGAUGCGGCAGAGUAGCAGUGCCUUACAACCACAACAGCAGCGCUGGAGCAUUCCAGCAGACGGGAGGCACUUGGUGGUCCAGAGAGACCCCCACGAGUGCAACCGACAGAAACGGUACACGAUCAGCCCCGAAGAGUACAGCCGAAGAAGCUGGUCAUCCGAGUCUUCCGAUUCUGUCAUCUCCUCGGAGUCGGGAAAUAACAUCUAUCGGGUGGUACUCAUUGGGGAGCAAGGGGUGGGCAAAACCACCAUCGCCAACAUCUUUGCAGGGGUGCACGACAGCAUGGAUAGUGACUGCGAAGUGCUUGGAGAAGACACCUAUGAACGAACCUUGCUUGUGGAUGGUGAAAGUGCAACAAUUAUACUUCUUGACAUGUGGGAAAACAAGAGUGAAAAGGGAUGGCUCCAAGAACACUGCAUGCAAGUCGGAGAUGCAUAUUUGAUUGUCUAUUCCAUCACAGACCGUGCAAGCUUUGAGAGAGCAUCUGAGCUCAGAAUACAGCUCCGCAGGGCACGCCAGACAGAAGACAUCCCUAUUAUUUUAGUGGGCAACAAAAGUGACCUGGUCAGAUGCCGUGAAGUCUCUGUUUCAGAGGGCAGAGCUUGUGCCGUCGUUUUUGACUGCAAGUUCAUUGAGACCUCGGCAGCUGUCCAGCACAAUGUGAAGGAGCUGUUUGAAGGCAUUGUGCGUCAAGUGCGGCUAAGGAGAGACAGCAAAGAGAAGAACGAAAAGAGGCUGGCAUAUCAGAAGAGGAAAGAGAGCAUCCCUAAAAAGGCCAGGCGGUUCUGGGGCAAGAUCGUAGCCAAAAAGAACAAGAACAUGGCUUUCAAAUUGAAAUCCAAGUCAUGCCAUGAUCUCUCUGUGCUUUAGAAGUUUUGGUUCCUCUCGGAUGUUGUCUUUCAUGGAGAACAUUAUUCAGUUCCAUUCAGUCUAUAUUAGAUUGAUGAACAGGAAAUGUAGGUCUGACUUGAUUCACAAUUGUGAAUAUUGUGAUGAAAUGUGCCAGCAAUAUCCACAGUUUAAUGCAUGUACGGGAGAAGAAAUGCCAUGUAUACCUUUGUUGGUUUAGAGUUUAGGAGUGUAAAUGUCUUGGGUGGGGGAGAGAACACCAGUCUUAUCUUAUAAACUAGAACAUUCCAAAGCUACAACGAGACGUGCCCAAGAAAUUGCAAACCAUUUCCCUUGUUGCCUUUCGGAGAACAGCCUAAGAAUCGGAAAGCAUCGUUUGGCAGCGUAUAUCAUCUUAUUCAUAAUUAUUCUGUGCUCAUUCUUCUUUAAGCCGAGAAAAGGACACCGAGCAAAGGAAUGCCUUCGCCUUCAUCAGCCGGUUGCAUAAGAGCCCGGAGGUGGACAUUUUUCUUGUCACAGUGUCAUUUAUCCCAGGGGCUAAAUGGAAUAUCUGAAUUUUCAGAUAAUCACCAGUUUGGAUAAAUGGGACCAUUGCAUCCAGAAUGUGACGUUGCAAUGGAACAAUAUGGAGGAUUGCUCUUGAUUUCAGUAAUAAGAUGAUUGAGAUGGCAAAGAUUGGAUUAUUGUGGGUUUUGCCUGCUUAUCUGCAGAAAGAACACUGAAUAUUUCUUUGCUUAUAUCAAGAGCCUUUUAGUUUGCUUGGGUCCAGGCUUGUGGUCAGUGUAAUUCUGCUGGUACAAGACAUUAAAGGGAGACGACUAGGAAGAGAAAGCGGGCAGGGGUGGCGAGUUUCCUGGGCCUCCCUUUCCCCCCGGAAUCCCUCUGCCCCCUUUUUUUCUAGCCAAAAGCCAAUUUCCUGUGCAAAGGGUUAGAGGAACAAGAAUAACUGUAACCAGUAGUUACAGGAAAUAACUAUAUAACACAACUUUGUAUUGUGUUGUGCCGUGAAUUACGAUCAAAACAGCAGAAAACAUUAAAAUGAAAAACCAAGUGCAAGAUGCCAAUUUUGAGGCAGGAAAAAAAAAACUCCUUUUAUAAGAAUCUACAGAGAGAUUUUAUGCUCAGAUCUAUUGUUUGUAUUAUGCCAUAACUAUUUGUAUUUAUUAUCUAUCAGCUCUUAAUUGUAUUUUUAAUGGGUGAAUGAUAGAAAUGGGGAGAAGUAGCAUUGAAAUAUAUUUAUUAAGUGAUUUCUUAAGAAAAAUGUUGAUUUUAUUACUGUUUUCUAUACGGUAUCUUUUGGAUUAAACAAUGUUUUAUUUACAUGCCUUGUAAU